AUGGCCAGCCUCCCGCCCGCGAAAAAGGGCCGCAAGUUCCACCAUAAGUCGCGAUACGGCUGUCUACCGUGUAAGCGGCGGAGAAUUAAGUGCGAUGAGAAAAAGCCCAUCUGCGAUAACUGCGCUCAGCGCAAUAUCGAGUGCUCCUUGAGAUACCUCGAGCCAGCUACAAUACAGCGCCAACCCACUACUAUUACAGCCCCGAAUAGUAAUGCUUCAUCACUGCAGAUACUGCAUGGGAUUCCUGCGCAGAUAUCGUAUGGAGACGUUCCCCCCUUCUGUCGCAGCAAUACGCGCGACUAUGAGCUCUACUGCCACUUCCAGACGCGCACGGCUCCUAGCUUCUCAUACCAGGAGAUUGUGCAGAAGCUUUUCCGCGAGGAGUUUCCGAAGAUAGCGACGUCGUUUCCGUUCGUUGGUCAUGGGAUCCUCAGUGUCGCCUACAUUCACCUUGCAGGGCAGUCUCAGGCAUCGUCGCGGAGUUUACUCGCAGAGGCUGCUUUCCAUGUUAACCAGGCCCUGCCGGAGUACUCGGAGGCGCUAAGGGAUAUAACGGAGCAGAAUUCGGCGGCGUUGUUUGGGUUUGCGAUGUUUGUGGUGCUGUUUGAUUUUGCGAAUGUUAAUGAGGAGUGUGGUGUUUUGCUACGCGCUGCGAGGAGGGAGACAGAGUCUGAAGAGUCCGACAAGAAGGGAGAGAUUGUCAAAGAGCUCGCGAGUAAUGCUGCAAGAGUUGCCCACGGUAUGCACAAUAUCUUCGGGAUAUUCUGGAGAUGCCAGCGGUGGAUUUCAUCCAGCGCUCUUGCUCCUGUCAUCCAGCGAUAUAGUCCGCCAAUGCUGAGCGAGCCCUCGAUGAGCUGGAUCAGGGUGGAAGACGGGCACCUGGCAGCGUUGAAUGGUCUGUGGCAGGGUAAUCCGGCAAUCCCUUUGCACCAUUCAUGUGCUCUGUCCGACGCUCUGAAUUCCCUCCGCGAUACCUUUGCCAUGGUCACCCAGUUGACUGUUCUGCGGCCUCACGGGAAUCGCGCUGUCGGAUCAUUGUCUGUGGAUUUAGGUCAGAUCCAUACAGAGCUCUCGGUUGGACGACUCGACGAUAUCCCGAGCGUCUUCACGUGGUAUAUCAGGCUGUCGCCGGAUUUUAUUAGCAUGGUUGAGGCCGGGAAUGGGUAUGCGAUGGUCGUGCUCGCCCACUAUGCGAUCGUCCUGCACAGGGCUACUUGCGACAAAUGGUGGAUUCACAAUCUCCCUCAACGAUUUGUGGCGAGUGCCGAGUUGGUCCUGGGACAGGAACGAAGGGCAUGGAUUGAAUGGCCGUUGUUGGUUGUUGAUGCUCGGAAUGCUGGAUGA